AACAUGGCGGAGAGAGACCCGAGUUGCAACCCAGUUCAGCCAAUUCUGUAUGGUGAUGGUUGUACAGAUGGGACAUCACCAAAUGCUCAGGCAGAUGUGAACCCAGCAUACCAGGCCAAUCAGCCAACCAGCCCCUCAGUUGAGGAUGUAAAGACAUUUGACAUUGUUCGAGCUACACAGUAUGGGGUCUUGGAGCGAUGUCAGGAGCUGGUCGAGGGAGGCUUCGAUGUCAACCUCAUGGACAAGGAAAAUGUUAGCCUCCUUCACUGGGCAGCCAUUAAUAAUAGAGGAGAUAUUGUUAGGUACUACAUUGACAAAGGAGCCAUUGUGGACAGGUUUGGAGGUGACCUGAAUUCUACUCCAUUGCAUUGGGCGACCAGACAAGGGCACCUGCCGAUGGUUGUCAUGCUGAUGUCAUAUGGAGCUGACCCCUCACUUAGAGAUGGAGAGGGCUGUAGCUGUAUACAUCUGGCUGCUCAGUUUGGCCACACGUCCAUAGUAGCCUAUCUCAUAGCCAAAGGGCAGGACCCAGACAUGCUGGACAAGAAUGGAAUGACUGCGCUGAUGUGGGCAGCCUACAGAGUGUUCUCGUAUGACCCCUGUCGUCUUCUCCUUACUUUGGGUGCCAAUGGAAACAAGGCAGACAAACUGCAGGGUAACACGCCGCUUCACUGGGCAUGUACAUCAGAGAAUACUGUCAUCAUCAGGCUGCUGCUAGAGACACCAGGCAUUGAAAUUGACAAGCUCAACAACAAUGGUCAGACCCCAAUGGACAUUGCUGUGUCUAAGAAGAGCACAGGUGUGGUGAAGCGCUUGUGGCUGGAGAGGUCACAGAGAGGCCUGGACCAGAAACACUGCCUGAAGGGCUUCACAUCUAAUAAGGCGUUCCGAAACAGAAUCAUGUGGCUGUUCCCCUUCUUCAUGAUAUUCACCAUCGGCUAUGCCUUUGAGUUCAAAAGUCCAUGGUGGAUGAAAAUUCUUGUUAUAGUCUCCUUGUUUUUUAUUGUCAGAACAGUCACUAGGUAUUUCUUUGACCAGACCGUGCAGGAGAUUCUACCCAUAUCACUCUACCUGUCCACCAAAUUUUGGAUGUACUGGACCUGGUUUGUCUACUUCUGGCCCUAUGUGUCUGAUUUCACAACUCAGCUGCUGUUUGGGAUAAACACCAUUCUGUUGAUGUAUAAUUUUCUCAAAGCCUGGAAAAUGGACCCUGGAUAUGUGAAGGUUGCCAGGGAGGAGAAAAUCCAGAACAUCCUGGAUUUAGCUGAGAAUCAGUCCAUGACCCUGGAACAGUUCUGUAGCACCUGUCUGACACGCCGACCCAUCCGCUCCAAACACUGCUCCAUGUGUAACCGCUGUGUGGCCAAGUUUGACCAUCACUGCCCCUGGGUGGGCAACUGUGUAGGUGCAAACAACCACAAGUACUUCAUAGGAUAUCUGUUUUUUCUGUUUGGGCUGAUCAUGUGGUUUAUGCAUGGAUGCUUCACGUAUUGGGAUGCGAACUGUCCCUGGUCUUUCUACGAGGAGGGAAUUACAGGUGUGCUUUGGAAGAUCUGCAGUCACUCCCCCUGGGUAGGCUGGAUGGGGCUGAAUGGUCUGAUUCACCUAGGCUGGGUGGCAGCUCUUCUUUGCUGUCAGCUCUACCAGGUGAUUUUCCUAAGCAUGACCACCAAUGAGAGACUCAAUAUUCACAGAUACUCACACUUCAAUGCUGGAAAGCCCAACUCUCACGCUAGUCCAUUCCAUCGUGGAUAUCUGAAAAACUUGGUGGACUUUUUCGGCUGGCGCUGUUGUGGGUUAUGUCGUCCUAACAAAGUGGACUGGACCAAGGAAUUUGAACUGAAUGAUUCCACCCUGUCUAAUGUCAUCAGCAGCUUGGAUGAGUUCAAGAGGUCACAGACCUAUCAGCAUUCCAAGACAGGGUACAGCAGUCACCAUGGAGACGGCGGCCAUGGUCAUAGCCACACCCACCAACAUAGUUCUAACUGUAAACAUAAUCAGCACAGCCACCAGGCAGGCAGUGGGCCUCAGCAGGGUCGCGAGAACUUUCAGUUUGUCUGACUUGUUGGCGGUUGUGUGUGUUUGUUAAAGAUGUAUGGCAAGUCUGGUGAAGAAUCCUAUGAAAAGUAAAGUUGAAACACAUCCACCUAAAUUGAGCUGUGCCUUUGGGUAUGGAGACAUUGUGAUAUACAUGUUUAUUGAUAUAGGAAGACAUUUGUUCAUAAGUGUGUAUGAUGAUCCAUUAUUUGGCUUAUGUGAAGCGCUUUUUUAAAUGAAUUUAUAUUUUCCUGCACCAUUUCUCGUUAGUGAUUUUUUAAGGGCAAUCAGCCCCUAUUCUGAUAUGAUUUUCACGAUAAUGUUUGUUAAUGAAAUUUCUCUUAACUUAUUUUGCCUCCGCUCAAUAGGCCAAUGUGAUUUAUGGGAAAAGUUUUAAAAAUGUAUUUAAUAACUUGUGUGAAAGUGAGUCCUGAACUGUUUUCCAUACAUUGUGCUAGUUCAGAUGGUCAAAAUUGUAAAGCGAGUCCAUCUUGUUUACUUCCUCCGGGCAGAUGGCAGUCCUGAGUCUUACAUAUCAGGUAGUGAAAGUGUUAUUCCUGAGUUGGUGAGUCUGUAGUUCAUUCACUGAUCAUACAUGAAAAAAAAAUGGUAUCAUCAUGUGACCUGUUUUAUCAAGUGAAAUCCAGAUGAUAAUGACAUACAUUUUUGGCUGAUAUGAAGAUAUAUUUUCAACAUUUGUACAUACGUUAUAGAAUCCACUAGUUAAUUUAUUACUGCCGUCUGCAGGCCAAGCUGAUUUGUUGUAUCCACAACCUUAGAUGACUAGGCCAUAUAACUGAGGAUGCCAUGACAUGGUUAUUGGGUUAUUUAUAUCUACUUUAUAUUUCAUACUGUAAGACUGAAAUGAUUUUCUUAUCAUGAGACUGUUUGAUCUUCAGAGCCUGUAGCCUCAGUAUAAUUGUCAAUCGGUAAUUUUGAGGAUGAACAUAUUUAUAAUUUAUAACAGAGAGCUUCAGUUCAAAAUAAGCAUUCAGUGUUGUAACAUUAAUCAUUCAGAAUAAAUCAAAUUAGAUGGAAAGCAGGAGUAGGUUUUCUCGUAGGUUUUCCCAAAUCUCCUUUAUCCUCACAAUAGGAACUAGCUCAUAAUUGUGUACAUGUUACAGUAGAGUAGAACUUGGGGGAGCCGUAUCAGACUAUCAUGUAAAUCCCUAUCAUUCUUUAUUUUGCGCUCUUGAAGAUUGGAAAAUCCAAGUGGUGGUAAAUAAGUUAUCUUGUGUGUGU